AUGCAGAUAUCUGGAAUACGACUGCCCUUCAUAAUUACUGCGGGAUCAAAUGUAAAUUGCAGGGAUGGUGAUUAUGCUCUGGCUCUGCUGUGCGAUACAGUAUGGCAUACCAGAUGCACGAAUAGUAUUCGGCAGAAGCAAAAGUCCCCAAACAGCUCUAAGAAAGUCAUCAGAAACGUAGCGAUAAUUAUUCAAGCUGGAACAGAGCAGUGUAGUUCUGUACAAUAAUCAAGAAAGUAAACGAGUGAGAGCCGGC